AUGGAAACUCCAACUCCGAAAGUGAUUAAGGGUCUCGUUAAGUUCCAUCUUGGUGUCAUGAUAUCGUAUUCGACAGCAUUGCACGGGAAGAAUCUGGCGGUUUGUGAACGACGUGGUAGUCCACAAGAUAUCUACAAGAUGAUGCAUUGCUAUUUGCACAUGGUAGAGCAAUAUGUGGAGUAUGUGGAGGAGCACAUCGAGAAAGGCAAAUGGGCUAGAGUUUUUGUUCCACGUCACAGGUACAAUUUGGACACAAGCAACAGUGUGAAAUCAAUGAACAAUGUGUUUAAAGAGGCAUGGAGAUGUGCCUUAAUACCAAUGCUGGAUUGUAUCAUCAGGACAUUCUCUGAUUGGUUUAAUCAACAUCGGAAGGAUGUUGCUUCUGGGUCAGUCGAAACCAAACUGGUGCCUCUUGUUGAAAACUACUUGCACGAUCUAUGGGCUGUUGCGCGAACCCUGCCUGUACGGGAGCUUAAUAGUUACGAGCUUGAAUACGAGAUCACCAGCAAUGAUGGAAAUAUGUAUUUGGCAAGCUUGGUUACAAAAUCAUGUUCUUGUAAGGUGUGGGACUAUGAGAAGUUUCCUUGUCUUCACGGACUGGCUGCUUACAUAUAUUACACAAAGGAUGUUGAUGGUGGCGUAGGCAGGCGCCGUGAUAUCCAGAUUGUAUAUCAUGAGCUCUGCUCCCGAUACUACUGGGCGGAAAUGUGGGCAUUAGCAUAUUCAAGGACACUUUAUGUUGUGUCGGACAGGUCUUCGUGGAAUUUACCUGAUCAUAUCAAAGAGUUUCAGAUCAUACCUCCCGAUUGA